CAGACUUUUGCUUAGGACAAAGAAAAAGCAAAAGACAAAAACAAAUUCCUGUUUCUUUUCAAUUUCUUGCACGUAGAAGCAAAGAGAUAACCAGGAUUAAUCCGUCUGUGUUUCUUCAGAACUUCUAAAGCCUGCUUGAAUUCACUCUUUCUUUCACUCCCAAAUUCUCAAUAUGGCAACAACAGUAGUGGGUUCCUAUCCUCACUCACUCAAAUCCCUCAGUUCCCCUCUUUAUCUUUUGAAAUUUAACCCAAGCUUCAGUUCCGGAUUUGUUUCUUUUCCCAGCACAAGAAACCAGCCUAGGAAAUCUCUUGUUGUAAGAUCAGUGGCUGCUCCUGCAGAAGCUGCCUCUGGGUUUGAUGAAAUGGUUUCAGGAACACAGCGUAAAUAUUAUAUGUUAGGUGGAAAGGGAGGAGUUGGGAAAACAAGUUGCGCAGCAUCACUUGCAGUAAAAUUUGCCAAUAAUGGUCAUCCCACUCUUGUAGUUUCAACUGAUCCUGCACACUCUUUAAGUGAUUCUUUUGCCCAGGAUUUGACAGGAGGGACACUAAUACCUGUGGAAGGACCUUAUUCUCCAUUAUUUGCCCUUGAGAUAAAUCCUGAAAAAGCUAGGGAAGAAUUUCGUAGUGCUGGUCAGAAAAGUGGGGGAACUGGAAUUAAGGACUUCAUGGAUGGUAUGGGCCUUGGAGUCCUUGCAGACCAGCUUGGGGAGUUAAAGCUGGGAGAGUUGUUGGACACACCUCCUCCAGGUCUCGAUGAGGCUAUUGCAAUUUCUAAGGUUAUGCAAUUCCUCGAAUCACAAGAAUAUAAUAUGUUUACCCGCAUAGUGUUUGAUACUGCUCCAACAGGUCAUACAUUGCGGCUUUUGUCCUUGCCCGACUUCUUGGAUGCAUCAAUAGGAAAGAUAUUGAAGUUAAGACAAAAAAUAGCUUCAGCUACUUCGGCAAUAAAGUCAGUGUUUGGCCAAGAAGACAGCCAUCGCGAAGAUGCUGCUGACAAAUUAGAGCGCCUGAGGGAGAGAAUGAUUAAAGUGAGGGAGCUUUUCCGUGAUACAAGCUCAACGGAGUUUGUCAUAGUGACAAUACCGACGGUGAUGGCAAUUAGUGAAUCAUCAAGAUUGUGUGCUUCCUUAAAGAAGGAAAGCGUACCUGUUAAGAGGCUCAUUGUUAACCAAGUUAUUCCACCCUCUGCAUCAGACUGCAAAUUCUGUGCAAUGAAAAGGAAGGACCAAAUGCGUUCUCUCAACAUGAUUCAAAGUGAUCCAGAACUUUCCAGCUUGAUGGUGAUACAAGCUCCCUUGGUGGAUGUAGAAAUCAGAGGUGUUCCAGCCCUUCAAUUUCUGGGGGAUAUUGUCUGGAAAUGAUUCUGCCAGCUAAUUGGUAUUGCAACCAAUCCAAUCUUGGAUUAUUAUGGAUAUCCUGGCUCUGCUGAACUUUUGAAUCUUCAAAUUGGCCGGAUUGAGAUUAACUGAUACAAUCAUCUCAAAGGCUUCAUGCUCUUGUGAGCUGAUUUACAGGCAUGAUAGACACUCUGAAAGUGACAGCAAAAUGGCUGCAAUGAAAUACUUCGGAAAUAGCCUACACAGUUUUGCAACAAAGGAGAGAAUUUCACAAUAAAAGAGAACCAUGCAUGUCACACAACUGCAACGUUCAAGAGAAUGUUUAUGUUGAGACCAUCAAAGUUGUGCUUCCUACAAGAUAGAUGAUGCUUGACUUGUACAGUACAAGAUUGUGAUUAGUCCUUGGAGAUACUCUUCUUUAGCAAACUCUUGAGGUCAGAAAAGAGAAUUGAUCUUUUUAAUAUAUACUACUACUAACACAGCACGUCAGCUUGGAUUGA